GGUAUGCCCGUUCGCAGGUUGGGUGCGAACGAGAUUGUGAGAUCAGCGAAGCGAUGCCACAGACGCUCGCCUAAACAAAUUUUCCUUUAAACCGUGACGUUGAUUUCUCCUGUUUUUUCAAAGUUUAACCUCUUCGUUCUCGCUAUAUAUAAAGGUAUGUUAUGCUUGUAUCUCGAUUUUGUCUUAGCGCGAGUUUUAGUUAGAAAGAUCGAUAAGUAUAUUACCUAUUUCUUAUUUGUUCUAAAAAUGCUUUGUGACAAAAUUAUAGCCGUAAGUUUAUUACAGUAUUAUAAAUAUAGCAAUGCUCCUUGAUAUGGCAUAGAAUUUUCUCUGUUUAUUUCGUAAGAGCCCAGCUGUCCGGUAUUAUUUGUAUUGGAACAAUAAAUAUUUCAAUAUAUUAUAAAAUAUUGAAAGCAACAGAACCCCUUUGCCCUCGAUCACUUAACUUGUCAUAAUUAUCAAUAUAUUCUCUCAUUUAUAACAUUUACAUUGGCGACACAUCUACAGUACUAUAGAAUUCAGUUCAAAUGUUUUCAAUAUAUUAGAAGCAAUAUAUAUGGUAAUGUACUGACAGUACAUGCUGUUACGUUGCAUGGCACAAUUUUUAACGACAGUUCGUAAAGGCAACAGGUUGUCAAAACAAUCUCUAAAGGUCGUUUUCCACUAGACGGAAUUUUCCGCAUGGAGCGGAAUUUUUCUUUGUCCUGUGAUUUCUCGAGUGGCACUAAUUAGAAAAGACAAAUUCUGCUCAGCAUGGAAAAUUCCGCCUAGUGGAAUACGGCCUUAUUAGGCCCGUUUCAGAUGGCGUACUCUUCAUGUGCCAAACUUAAUUGUAUUAGAUGUGACACUGGAGCGACACAAGAACAGCAUGAGUAGAGCGGCGUAUGAAUCAAUGUCGCUCCAAUGUCGCAUAAUGCGACAAGCUCUGCCGAACUUGUGUCGAACUUGUUGCAGCUCCAAAUGCUGCCGUAUUUAAUCAAUUCACAUGUUGCUCAUGUAUAAAUAAUGUCAUGCUGAGUGUGAUCUUUCUUUGUAACACAACAAGUUGCCGAAACCAUUCCAAUCUUGUGCGAUGUUAUUAAUAUUAAUUUGCAAUGCAAAUCGUUGUUGAGAAUUUGUCCAUGCAUAAAUAAUGUUUUCAUGCUGAGUGUGACCUUUCAAGUUGAUUAGGGGGGACGGAUUCUUUUAAUAAUGUUUCCUCAUUGCAGAAAAUGAACAUUGAGGCAUGUUGUGUCUAGGUUGUAUUGUUAAGAAGUAGAAGCACAUGAAUACAAUACAUGAAUAGUAAAAAAUAUGAGAAAUACUAUUAACAGUUAAGUAUUAUUAGGUCUUAAUAUAUAUAUAUAUAAACAUUUGUGUUAUUAUUCACUCGGUAAUAUGAUAAGGAUGAAAUGUUCUCGAGUGAGAUAUAUUGUAAUUUCCAGACAGCAUGUAGGCAGAAAAUCUUGCCUGCCACGGCUGGAUCGACUUCGAACCCGCGACCUUCUAGUUACUAGAUCGAUAUAUCUGCCUGCGCGCUGUCUGGAAAUUAUGAUAUAUCUCACUCGAGAACAUUUCAUCCUUAAUGACUCGAGUCAACUCGGCUACAGCUUGUUCAGGAUAAAUUCAUCAAAAUUAUUGUAGUUGAUUAGGUUCGGAAGAGUCCUGAAGGGGCUGGAAGAAAUAAAAAGUAAUUCUCAAUGCAGAUAGGCAUGUCAGUUUCUACCUGUACUCUGUAGGGAAAUUUUUAAAGGCAUUUUUGUUCACCGUACAAUUUGUGUAGCCAUUGACUCGACUCGAGUGAAGCCAUUGACUCGACUUGACCAGAUGAAAUGACUUGACUUGACUCAUGACUUGACCUUUGGGUGAUUCGGCUCGUGACUCGUGACUCGACCUGUUGGUGAUUUGCUACAACACCAGCUGAUAUAUAGAUCUGUGAUAUAUAGUAAUUUCAUGAUUUUCAUCAUUCCUGAUCAAUGAUGACUAAAAGUCUAAAAUCUACUCGAAACAUCCAAUAAACACUUUUCAAAUAAUUCAAAAUGUUAUUAACAUUAAAGGCACAGUGCAGCCUUUUGAAUGAUGGUUUUUAAGGCGCAUUUCAGCUCUUUUAAUUGAAAAAACUAACUAGGAAAAUCAAUUAAGCAUGAUUCAAAAUCAGCAAACUCAAUGUUUUUAACAUUAAAGAUGUUUUAAAAUGUUAAAAACAUUAAGUUUGCUGAUCUUGAAUUAUGCUUAAUUGAUUUUCCUAGUUAGUUUUUUCAAUUAAAAGGGCUGAAAUGCGCCUUAAAAAACAUCGUUCAAAAGGCUGAACUGUGCCUUUAACUCAGUGGUUCCCACAAUUUCUGGCAGAAAUUACAUGCAGGCCAAAAAAUAACAACUGUGCCAAUGGCAAUGAAAAAUCUAAUUGAUUUGUCCAAUGACAAAUCUAAUUGAUUUGUUUAUAUGGCAAAAAUAAUGCAUUAACCUAUUGAGCACCAUUUCUCUUAUUCUCUCCCCUUGGCGAGUAAAAUUGUCUGGGAACAAAUUGAGCAUGUUACGUAAAGGUGCCGAGGGGGCAAAUUCCCUAUCUCACAAAUAUUUCCAUUAUACUUUUGCCAUGUGUCUGUAUAUUUUUAAAUGUGCAUAAUUAUUUGCCUGUAUAUUAAUGUACCCUUUAUAGUAAUUCUAAAAUAAUUCUAGUAAUUCAAGUGUUGCGCGCCAGCAACGGGUUUUUGGGCUUCUCGAAAUUUGUAUUUCAUAUCUUAUAUCUUUCUGGUCUUAUCAUCUUUAUACGCUCCUGAUAUUCUUAAAGAUGCUAACAAAGAUCUCUCUGCUGCAGUCAAGUCAUUUAAUUACGGGAACCAGUGAGUAUUUUAAUAAAAUAUAAAACAACGGUAACUCCGCGAAAUAUUUUAAUCAUUCUAGCUUUCGACUAAGAUUCGGUCAUCAUCAUUCCUGAUGAUGACUGAAUCUUAGUCGAAAGCUAGAACGGUUAAAAUGUUUCUUUUCGGAGUUACCGUUGUUUCAUAUUUUAUUAAAAUAUUCAGUGCCAGUGGUUCCGUAAUUAAAUAGCUACCUGCUGCUUGGUUUUCAGCUAAACAUUGGCAGUGCGCUCAGAAGUGUCACUUUGCCAAAUCCUUUCAUUGCUGGGCCAAGCAUGCAUGGUACAUAUUGUUACCAUUAUACCCGACCACGAUCCCCCGUUUGACAUUACCGUUUACAAGGGCUGGAUACCAAACCAACAACAACAAAUACCAAUCAACAACAAAGUAUGUAGUAUGCUUGGCAUACUUAACCCCUGCGGUAUCGACCUCGAAAUAAUAAUGUUGACGAUUAGCUCAAAAAUAUUCUGAAUUUUUACACUAAAAUGUAUCACUAAUCAAUACUUAUCGUUGAAGGAAAUAUACUUACUGGGUACAUAGCAUGCAUCAGCAAAAAUAAAUAGUUUAUACCUUUAGUAGAAGAGUAUCAUCAUCUUUUUAGGUUUGGAGGAAACCUAGCGAGUUGUCAAUCUAAUGUAAAGCCGGUUUUCGCGCGAAUCGACUUUGUUCUUUUGAUUAAAACUAAUUAGUUCCAAAUGUUCCAAUCGAAAGCUCAUGCAAAUAGUCGCUUCGCGCGAAAUAAUUCACUAGUAGUGGAAAACCGGCUUUACAGACAAUUAUAUUCAACUUGAACAGAUGCUUAUUCAAAGCCGAGUUGCAACCUAAUUAACAUACCUUUAUCAAAACGUCGCGAUUCUCGUCGACCAAUUUCGUUUCUUAAUCGUCCUAUACAUCGUUUUCUCAGCCCUAUUCAAAGGUCGCCGUCGAAAAAAUCCACCUUUCCUAAACUGUUCCUAAGUAUAAUGCACGAUCUAUGGUUAACAAACAUGUCGAAAUUCAAGCAACAAUAACUGCAUCAUGUAAUUUAUGCGAUACGUGUCAGAUCUGUGGGUGAUCGUUUAGGGCAAAAAUUGGUCUGAUUGGCCACAUGCGCACGCACAAUAGGUGGAAACCACACCGGGUUAGUGGUCAUCAUUGUAAGCGAUGGACGAACGAACUCUGUAAUUCGUAGUGAUAGACUGAACGACCAACGUGAUGGACGUCUGUGCACAUAUAUCUUCAAAGCUACAGUAGAUUACCUAGAACUUCGCGUCUUUUCCGAUCCUGAAAUUGAAAGGCAAUGGUUUUUACUAAACUCUAAAGCCAAAUCACCUAACCUGGAGAGAUUAAUGUCAUCAUUCUUGACAUUGUUUACCACCUCCCCAAACUAAGAAUAAGUAGGCUUUAUGUUAGUUUAACAUUCAUUCGUUCAAUUAUUCAUUCAUUUAUUCAUUCAUUUGUGCAUAAAUAAAUAGGAUUCUUGAAAAUUACCUGUACUUUUUCUAGAAUGCAUUCUAUCAGCAGACGGUAAUUAAAACCCAACACCAUGGAGAGACUUCUCAAGGCAUUUUUUAGAACAAAACAUUUCACAACAGCAGAGGUUGAUGAAACAAAGUUAAAGCGUUGCUUGUCAACAUUUGAUCUCACCGCCCUUGGCAUUGGUUGCACAUUGGGUGCGGGUGUUUAUGUCGUCACUGGUGAAGUUGCAAAAAAUCAGGCUGGUCCAGCUAUCGUAAUUUCUUUUGCAAUAGCUGCCGUAGCAUCUUUAUUGGCAGGUUUGUAGCUUAACCCUUUUUCUCUCUCAAUAAGUUACAUUCAUUUCGCUUUAAAUUGAUAGAUCUAUAUAGACAGUUAGAUACAAUCUUUGCCAAAAACUAUGGGACGGGUGCUGUAAUUUCACAAAAUUUGAAAGGCGUAGCGCCCCCCCGUUCCCCCAGUUCAAUGUUGGGCCGACAAAAAUCUCGGAUGUCUGGUUGCGAGACGCCAAGAUUGAAACAGGGGGUGGUGGAAAAAAUGUAUCACAAAUGAUAUAUUACAACCGAAUACGGUAUUAUUGCUCAUGUGAAAGGAGUCGGUCAACGCUCUGUCGGCGAAAGUCAUGGGUUUUCUCAGGAUUCUCCGGUUUCCUCCCGCAGGAAACACCGAAAGUUGACCAGGGUGGGUUAGGAUAAACACAGUUAAGAGAGUAAUAUCACAAUUAUUGUAAAGAUAAAAUAGGCUACACGGCAAAAAACGCCGAGCCCGCUGUUCAACAGGAUUGAACAAUGUUUUGCUGCCCACGUAAUUGUUCACACUUGUCAACAAUAUUGAACAGUAUUGUUGAGCCUGAAUCGGGUGUAACAAUAGGGCCAUUUAUACGGAACAAAAUAAGACGCGACUUACAUAAGACGCGACUUAAGUAAGACGCGAGUUUGUGGUAUAAAAGGUACAAAAUUCUUAUGUAAGACGCGUCUUGGAUAAGACGCGUCUUACAUAAGAACAGGACUUUUAGCUGUUCUUAUUUAAGUCGCGUCUUAAAUAAGAAAUUUUAGACAAAAAAUUUAACUACACAUGCCAGAAACUUGAAACAACGUAAAAUUAUUAGCCUUGCAUAUUAAAACAAAAACAACCAAAACAACAUUAUAGCUAUAGCAAAUAAAUAAGACCAAAGCCGUAAAGGAAGCGAUAAAGAACCAUUUAUGCGAUAACUCCACUUAUUUAAGUCGCGUCUUAUGUAAGUCGCGACUUAUUUUGUCACGUAUAAAUGGCCCUAUUAUUGUUCAAUAUUGUUGACAACUGUGAACAAUGUGGGCAGCAAAACAUUGUUCAAUCCUGUUUUCAUCAAUAUUGCAUCAACCUGAGCGUUUUACGCGUGUAUAAGUGAGUAAUUAUUUUAGGUAAGCGUAAUACUUGAUGUAGAGCGCAUUUGAUCACAUCCACACAUAAUUUUGCGCAAAAGAAAUGUUAACAAACAAUUAUUUAUUCAACAUUUGUAGGACUUUGUUAUGCAGAGUUCGGUGCCAGAGUCCCCAAAGCUGGUUCAGCCUAUAUCUACAGUUACGUCUCUAUCGGGGAACUAUGCGCUUUCGUCAUAGGAUGGAAUAUGCUUCUUGAGUAUAUAAUGGGUGCCGCUGCUGUUGGCAAGGCAUGGAGCGACUUUUUUAACUCUCUAUGUCAUGACUGCGUUAAAAACUUCUUUAUUGAACACCUUGGCUCCUUAAAACUACAUUGGUUGAGUGGAUAUCCUGAUUUUUUGGCAUUUACAUUCAUAAUGUUCUUAACAAUUGUCAUAAUUUGCGGAGCGGCUGAGUCUUCCGCGUUGAAUUGGGUGUUUACAAUACUGAAUUUGUCUGUGAUACUUUUUGCCACCGUUGCUGGCUUAGUUUUUGCCGAGGCGAAAAAUUGGGAUAAUUUUGCACCGUACGGUUUUCAUGGUAUAAUGUCCGGGGCUGCAACGUGCUUUUUUGCGUUCGUUGGUUUCGAUGUAAUUGCCACUUCGGGAGAGGAAGCCAAGAAUCCACGAACAGCCAUCCCUAGAGCCACUGUCGCCGCGCUUUGUAAGUUGAACGAAAAUUUUCAUUUAAAUUGUAUAUUGUUUAUUUAUUAUCUACAGCCUGUUCAUCUAUCAUCUAUAGCCUAUUCAUGAUCAUCUAUCAUCCAUAGUCGAUUUAUCUAUAAUCUAUUGUCGAUUCAUCUAUCAUCUGUAGUCUAUUCAUCUAUCAUCUAUAUAGUCUAUUAAUCUAUCAUCUAUAGUGUAUUCAUCUAUCAUCUAUAGUUUAUUAAUUCAUCUAUCAUUUAUAAUACUUCCAUAUAUCAUCUAUGCAUGGACUAUUUAUCUAUCAUCUAUAAUCUUUUCCUCUAUCAUUUAUAGUCUAUUCAUCUAUCAUUUAUAGUCUGUUCAUCUAUAUAUAGUCUAUUAAUCUACCAUCUAUAUAGUCUAUUCAUCUAUCAUUUAUAGUCUAUUAAUCUAUCAUUUAUAGUCUAUUAAUCUAUCAUCUAUAGACUAUUCAUCUAUCAUCUAUAGUCUAUUAAUCUAUCAUCUAUAGACUAUUCAUCUAUCAUCAUAGUCUAUUCAUCUAUCAUCUAUAUAGACUAUUCAUCUAUCAUCUAUAGUCUAUUCAUCUAUCAUCUAUAGUCUAAUCUAUAGUCUAUUCGUCUAUCAUUUAUACUACAUUCGUCUAUCUUCUAUAGUCUGUUUACAGGUAUCUAUCAUCUAUAGUCUAUUCAUCUAUUGUCUAUUCAUCUAUUCAUCUAUGAUCUGUAUUAUUAUGUAUUAUCAGCUCAUCUAAUUAUGUAUUAUCUUAUUAUUUUCAGUCAUUGUAUUCGUGGCUUACGAAUCCAUCUCCGUGGCACUAACUCUAAUGAUGCCAUACAACAAGCUACCAGAUCACUCGGCUCUUGCAACCGCAUUUGAUUACAGAGGAUUUCCGACAGCAAAAUAUAUCGUGGCCGUUGGUGCAAUAUGUGGCCUUAGUUCGAGCGCCUUGGACGGUAUAUUCCCUAUACCUCGAAUCUUAUAUGCUAUGGCCAGUGACCGACUCAUUUUCAGUUUCUUUGCGAAGAUAAACGAACGAACAGGGACACCGGUUAUCGCUUGUGCAGUGAGUGGUCUAUUUACGGCCUUGCUCGCAAUGUUCCUCGAUUUAUCGGCAUUAGCAGAGAUGCUCUCGAUUGGCACUUUGUUAUCGUAUACCAUAGUAUCGAUAAGUGUUAUAUUGUUAAGGUAUAAACCAGGUUCGGUAAUUGAGGAUACUGGCGCCCAAAUCAGUGAUGGAACAGAUGAACUAGGGUUGAAUGAAGACGUAGAAAUUUUCGAGGAAUCCGAGAACCACUCCAAACCGUCUGACGAUGCCAUAGAGAGCGAGAAAACAACAGCAGCAGCAGCAACAACAACCGAUCCUUUCUCUUCAAAUAAGAACUCAAGCUCGCCUCCUGUCCUAAGUAGGGUUAUCAAAUGUAUCUUAGGUCCUCGUCUGGAUGGGCCGACCGAAGAUAGUUUCUUGGUGGUUAAAAUCGCCCUGGUCGUAUUCAUUUUAGAUACAAUCGGCCUACAGUGUUGUUUAGUUUGGGGAAUGGAUCGACUCACCUCCAAGGACCCUCUAGUAAUUGUGAUCUUUGUACUAUGUCUUAUGUGGAUGUUACUGGCAGUUGAUGUGAUAGCAAGGCAGCCAGAGUCCAAGAAUACGUUGACUUUUAAAGUUCCAUUCCUGCCGUUUCUGCCAUUGGCUGCGGUAUUUAUUAAUAUAUUCUUGCUCCUAGAAUUGCAAACUUUAACUUGGAUACGAUUUGCAGUUUGGAUGGUAAUAGGUAAGUCAUUCAGCUCGAUUUAUUUUCAUUGCACACUAGCGUUAUUUGUUUAUAUACUGGUUAGUCUACAGGUCUGUAAGCACAAACACAAAUCAAGAUUGUAUUGCGGUUUGCGAAUCUCUCAAGGGUUUAUUCAACACUUAUUGCUACCAGGACAGUUAGAAGAUUUUCACAGUAAUAUAUCACAGCAAAAAAUCAUUUUCUUAUUAAGAAAAAAAUUCUUAAUUUAAGAAAUUAUUUCUUAAAACGAGAAACGGAUUUUCUUGAUAAGAAAAAGAUUCUUAAAAUAAGAAAUAUUUCAUUGGCAAGAUAUUUUUUCUUGAAAUAAGAAUAAAAAAAUUUUAACAUAUCUUGGAUGAUAUUUGUUUUCUUAAACCACGAAUAUAUUUUCCUACAAUUUUUUCAUCUUCAUAUCAAUCAUUUUAUUAAGAAAAUAUGAUUUUCUUGUUUUAAGAAAUACUUUCUUAAAACAAGAAAUCAAAUUCUUAACAUAAGAAUUAUAUUUGUUUUCUUAAAACAAGAAUAUGUUUUCUUACGAUUUUUUCAUCUUCUAAAAAUAAGUUUUAGUUGAAUUUUAAACGAUUGUAAUUUUUUGUGUCCAUUACAACUAACUAUUGGACCAUUACGCGCGGGAAAAAUAACCAUUUUUGAGCCGGGAAAGUGGAUAUUUUUACCGCGCGUAAUACAAAUAUAUACAAAAUUUGCGUGCUUCACAGGGUAUAUUUUCUUCAUUUAGCAACCAAUCUUUGCAGUUUUACUCAUUCUAAGGCGCUCUUUCUAGCUGUGGUGUUGGAUUGCGUUCUUCUUGCCUUGAUCAAAAUUUAGUCUAUAACUGGAAUCAACCCGUUGGGGCUACGCUCUGUCGUUGUUUUGGUGAUAAAGUUAUCAAACUAAACUAACUAAACUAACCACUUCAUUAGGAAGUCAGUAACCGCCGCUAAGGCCACAUAAAAUAAAUUCCUUGAUUCUCAUCCCCACUCUGUCUCUGAAAAUAUUCUGGUUAAAUUUUCCUGGUUAUUUUACAGUGUCUCACUUCUUACCAUAACAUGGAAAAUAUAUGCCUUGAUUCUCAUCACCGCCCGAUAGUGUUUUGAAUCUUUUUUCAGGUAGUUCACACACAAACCACAGCAGCUUACAAACUCUUUUCAUAUUUUUAGGUAUGGCAAUCUAUUUAUCUUACGGAGUACGAUAUAGCACACAGAACGAUGAAAUUGUGGAAAAUAAUGAUGCGAGUUACAUGGAACUUAUCAAUUCAAUAGAAGAUUAACAUUAAGACGCUACCUGAAAUAAAAAGAGCGUUUGCACUCAUUCCCCUGGGACCAACUCAAAAGCCAUGGCGGCCAUGUUGGUGUUCCAGACAAAAGAGUCUAAUUAAAAUUCUUUUGAAUUGGAACACCAUCAUGGCGGCUGUGACGUCAUGUGCAAACGCCUAUAGUGAAAAGAUGAUAGUCAUUAAUUAAUAUAUAUUUUGGCUAAAUAGUUAGUCUGACAUGGAUGUAUGUGAUUGAUGCUGUGAAAGUGUUUAUUUGUAAAUAAUAUGGUUGUAUUUGGUGGUAUUUGAAUGAGG